AUGCAACAUUAUGAAGCAAAGCCAGAGAAGGUGUGCAGGAUAGGAGAGAGGGAAUGGCAAGUAGAAGGAAAACAUGCGGAAGAACUAUACUUCGUCACUUUUCAAGCUAGCUGCACUUGCAAUAUCUCACUUAGUGGAAAUGUUCACUGCCCACUCUGCAGUGUAUGCCCAUAUUCGUGGAAUUGUACAUGCUUGGAUAACAGGGCCGGCAUCAGUUGCAUCCAUAAGCAUGCAGUGAAGUUCUAUGGUGGUGCGUGGCUCUUUGGAGUCCCAGCGGCGCUCAAACUUCAACUCCAGAGAGGUGUGAAAGCGUACCAGACUUCGGUGAAACAUCUGGCACAUGUGGAACUCCACGUCGCAAGCAGUGACAUCGGCUCAGGAAAGAAAGCAAAAAAGAAAUCAGUUGAGAGCCAACAUUGA